AUGACCCUGCUUCCCGAGGGGCGCUCAAGUAAGAGUGAGGUGUUGCCCGCCUCAGUUCAGGCACCACCGAGCGAUACUGAGCGGUUCCUGGCUGCUCCAGGAGCAGUGUGGGUCCCCAGCGAACCCAGACCGGGCCAACUACCUGCGGAAACUUUCACACAUGACUGCUCUCGUCCGAUAUGGAGAUCAAGAACGGACUACCCCGAAAUCGUCAACUGGCGAUCAACCCGGGUGAUUUCAGACGACAAGAUCGCCGUCUCUUUUAAUGGCGUGUGUACUGAGGCAAGGGCGAUGAAUGGAUUGGACCAUCAGUCCGAUCCCCUCCCAUGGUGCCGAGACGGCGUCAGCCCCAGGCGUGAAGCGGCUGCUUCUGCCCGGUACAAUCUCGAUGUUCUUCGACCGGAACGCCCUGAUUCGUCUUCUGGGGAAGACGAGGUCAUGCGAGACCUCUUGUUGGAUUCUGAAGGUGAAGAUCAAAAUGUGGCUCCGGGGCCUUCAGCUGCGCGCUUGAGCUCGGCUCGUAGGCAGCGAUGUGUACCCCAUUCUUUGUCUUCGUUAUCUACCCCGACCUCUUCUGCCACUGCGCCCAACGUCCCAUUUGGGGGCAACCCCCUGAUUAGGAAGGAGUCUCCUGUGAUACAUCCUGCCUUGAAUGAGGAUGUUCCACGGACUCGAGGUCGAAGGAGUGCAUCGCCUGCCCGUGGAAACGUCGCCAAGGGACCUCGCGUUCGUAAGCCCCCCCAAGGUUUGGCCCAUGGUCAGCCUACGGUGUCGCAUCCGAACCAACGCCCACUGCCCUCCGUGGCGCCAGUGCCUCAUCAACUGGUGUCGAACGUUACAAAAAUCACACCUACGGUACAAUUUCGACCUUUUGGCCGACUCACGUCGACACCGGCUGGGCCUCAACCCAUGAUCCCUCUGAGGCCCGGGUCACCUGUCAAGUCACUUCUGGGAGCUCGUGACAUGAAUCGUUUGGUUCCUCACCGUCCGGUUGCUUAUCUCGGGCGUGAGGGGCAAGGCCCAUUUGGGCAACCUCCCAGGACCACGACGCCGGCGGCUGUCGACCUAUGUGGCAAAGGGCGUCAACCGAGGCUUGCCAAUCACACUGGCGACCCCCGUGAGCCGACUCGGUCUGCACGUCCGGCCUUACGUGCUCCUCUGGCCAGUUCAAUGCGCGCUGAAGGAGGUGAGGGACCAUCUUCAUGGCCUUUCAGCUCGGCGGCUUUUUGGGACGCCGGCCCCUCAGAUGCUCCGACACCGAGUCCCAAGCCAUCGUCAACUCCGGGUCGUAUGCGUUGGGGUCCUCCAGGUUAUGUGGACCUCUUCUGGCUUCGCCACUUGGCUCAGUUUCGUCCUUUUGCUGUGCCCAAAGAGGUCAACGAUCGAUUCCAUCAGUUAACAGUCUAUGUACAAAAAAGGCUAAUAGUUUGGAUGAUUUGCUGGUGGAUUCCUGAUCGAAGUGAUAUCAGAUCCAGAUGGAGUCGGUUUUCCCCCGCCUCCAGGCAUUCGCACCAUGAUGGCUUCCUUGGAAAGCAAGUCCAACGUCACGUUUGGCUCGCGUUUGAGGGUUUUAAACCAAACUCGACCCCUAACAUAGUUACAAUCACCAGGUAA